AUGGUAGAGUGGCCUUAUGUAGUGGUGCGCUUGUGUCAGAACCCAAAGCUGGCGCUAAAGAACAGCCCACCUUAUAUUCUAGACCUGCUGCCAGAUACCUACCAGCAUCUUCGCACUAUCUUGUCGAGAUACGAGGGGAAGAUGGAGACACUUGGAGAAAAUGAGUAUUUUAGGGUGUUCAUGGAGAAUUUGAUGAAGAAAACUAAGCAGACCAUAAGCCUCUUCAAGGAAGGGAAAGAAAGAAUGUAUGAGGAGAAUUCCCAGCCUAGGCGAAACCUAACCAAACUGUCCCUGAUCUUCAGCCACAUGCUGGCAGAACUAAAAGGAAUCUUCCCAAGUGGACUCUUUCAAGGAGACACGUUUCGGAUUACUAAAGCAGAUGCUGCAGAAUUUUGGAGGAAAGCUUUCGGGGAAAAGACUAUAGUCCCUUGGAAGAACUUCCGACAGGCCCUUCAUGAAGUACAUCCCAUCAGUUCUGGGCUAGAGGCCAUGGCUCUGAAGUCCACUAUUGAUCUGACCUGCAAUGAUUAUAUUUCAGUUUUUGAAUUUGACAUCUUUACACGACUCUUUCAGCCCUGGUCCUCUUUGCUCAGGAACUGGAAUAGUCUUGCUGUAACUCAUCCUGGUUACAUGGCUUUCCUGACAUAUGAUGAAGUAAAAGCUCGGCUCCAGAAAUUCAUUCACAAACCUGGAAGUUAUAUUUUCCGGCUGAGCUGUACUCGUCUGGGUCAGUGGGCUAUUGGGUAUGUCACUGCUGAUGGGAACAUUCUUCAGACAAUCCCUCACAAUAAACCUCUCUUCCAAGCACUGAUUGAUGGCUUCAGGGAAGGCUUCUAUUUGUUUCCUGAUGGACGGAAUCAGAAUCCCGAUCUGACAGGUUUAUGUGAACCAACUCCCCAAGACCACAUCAAAGUGACCCAGGAACAAUAUGAAUUAUACUGUGAGAUGGGCUCCACGUUCCAGCUGUGUAAAAUAUGUGCUGAAAAUGAUAAGGAUGUAAAGAUUGAGCCCUGUGGACACCUCAUGUGCACAUCCUGUCUUACCUCCUGGCAGGAAUCAGAAGGCCAGGGCUGCCCUUUUUGCCGAUGUGAAAUUAAAGGUACUGAGCCCAUUGUGGUAGAUCCAUUUGAUCCUAGAGGAAGUGGCAGCCUAUUGAGGCAAGGAGCAGAGGGAGCUCCUUCCCCAAAUUAUGAUGAUGAUGAUGAUGAACGAGCUGAUGAUUCUCUCUUUAUGAUGAAGGAAUUAGCUGGUGCCAAGGUGGAGCGGCCUCCUUCUCCGUUCUCCUCGGCCCCGCAAGCUUCCCUUCCCCCAGUGCCACCACGACUCGACCUUCUGCAGCCACGCGUGUCCAUUCCCGCAAGUGCUUCUGGUCUUGGAGCUGCUUCUAAGGCUGCUUCUGGCUCCCUUCAUAAGGACAAGCCAUUACCAAUACCUCCCACACUUAGAGAUCUUCCACCGCCACCUCCUCCAGACCGGCCUUAUUCUGUUGGAGCUGAAACCCGGCCUCAGAGACGCCCCUUGCCUUGUACACCAGGCGACUGUUCAUCCAGGGACAAACUGCCCCCUGUCCCCUCUAGCCGCCUUGGGGAAUCAUGGCUGCCUCGGCCAGUCCCCAGAGUACCAGUAGUCGCCCCAAGCCCUAGUGACCCCUGGACAGGGAGAGAAGUAACCAACCGGCACUCACUUCCAUUUUCAUUGCCCUCACAAAUGGAACCCAGAGCAGACGUGCCUAGGCUCGGAAGCACAUUCAGUCUGGAUACCUCCAUGAACAUGAAUAUCAGCCCAUUAGCAGGUCCAGAGUGUGAGCACUCCAAAAUCAAACCUUCUGCAUCUGCCAAUGCCAUUUAUUCUCUGGCUGCCAGACCUCUUCCUGUGCCAAAGCUGUUGCCUGGGGAGCAGAGUGAAAGUGAGGAGGGCACAGAGUAUAUGACCCCUUCCUCUAGGCCUCUGGGGCUUCCGAAAGCGGAGGCGAAGCGGCCUUUAGAGACAGCCCAGAAUGUGCGAGUGUGUGAGUGUGACCAGCAGGUUGAUGGCUGCACAUAUGAGGCAAUGUACAACAUUCAGUCCCAGGUGGCGCCACCGGUCACAGAGAGCAGCACCUUUGGGGAAGGUGACCAGGCUGCAGCCCGCGCCAGCCUUGGCCCUGAGGAAUUGGAGAAUGAAGAAGAUGGCUAUGAUGUCCCUAAGCCGCCUGUGCCCUCAGCGCUGGCCCGCCGGACGCUCUCCGAUAUCUCUAACGCCAGCUCCUCCUUCGGCUGGUUGUCUCUGGAAGGUGACCCCACAGCAAACUUCACUGAGGGUUCCCAAGUUCCCGAGAGGCCUCCCAAGCCGUUCCCUCGGAGAAUCAACUCUGAACGAAAGGCCAGUCACUGCCAGCCAGGUGCUGCCACUGCCACCACCACCUCGCCGCAGCUCUCCAGUGAGAUCGAGAACCUCAUGAGCCAGGGCUACUCCUACCAGGACAUUCAGAAAGCUUUGCUCAUUGCCCACAACAACAUCGAAAUGGCCAAAGAUAUCCUCCGGGAAUUUGUCUCUAUUUCUUCUCCUGCCCAUGUAGCAACCUAGCACACCACCACCUGCUGCAGCCGGAGGGAGAGGAUGGGCCGGGAGCUCUUCCUCAAGCAGCACCUGAUGGCACGAGCGUCUGUGGAGGCUCUGGAGUGAAGGUCGGCCUGUCUGCUGGCGCCGCCUCUGGGGUGCUAAGAUUUCAAAGGAGUGGGAUGACAAGGGAGCAGCUGGUGUUUUCUUAUUUUAUCUGUUUUGGGAGGCACUUGAAGGUGUCCUCAGUCCCCACUUAGAGAGUGUGGGUUUCUAAAAAUGGUAGCCUACCUGGGGAACAGUCCAGAAAGCAGUAAGAAGAAGGAGUGCUGUACUCUGGAUCCUGAUGGAAGACUUAAGGUUUCCUGGGUGAGGAAUGUGGUGUGUGCGUGUGUAUGUCUGUGGUUGUGUGUGUCCCGUGAUAAUGAGAUUAACUUGCUGUCUGUGUUAAUCCCGGGCAGGGACAAUUAGCACAAGAGAGUUAGGAAGGAAUCUUUUUAAAGCUCCCAUGUACUGUGGUAUUGUACUGACCCCAGUGUGUAUUACAGCUUCAACACUCCCUGUGGCUUGGAUUCUACCCUUAGCUAAACUCUUGUACUUUUAGAAUUCCCUCCCUUAGCCUUUCCCCUUCCCUCUUUCCUCCUCCUCCUUGUGUCUCUCACUGGCACUUGGCUUGCUGUGACCAGCCUUAUUGAAGCCAAAUGACUUACAGGAUGUUCUUUAUUAUGUGUGAGGUGUCGGUUUGGUUGGUAGAUAGGUGGGGCAAAAGUACGGUUGCUGUGUCAUUACAGUCACGUUUGAUACCAGCAGCUAACACUAGUCACUCCAAAGCACCGUGUCUCUAGGAACACUGAGUCUGGUAAAGUGAGGCGUUUUCAUGGUCAUACUAUGUAAUGACCGGUCUGAGAUAGAGGCCUUCAGAUACAUUCCGUGCCCCCCUAGAGAGCAGCCUGUGGAGCCAGUUGUCUUGGUGCAGGUGUGUGCCUGUCAGGUCAUGAGUGUUUCUGCUGAACCAGAAGGGCAAACAUUUGUUUCCAGCCUGGCUUUCUGGCCUGACCGCCCUGAGGCGCUCAGGAAGCCUCGUUCACGUGCUCUUCACCUUGUCAUCCGUAAAAUGCACAGAAUAGACAAUACGGACUUACUUACCCAGUUUUUCUUCCCAGUGAGUGAAUUCCAGCUUACAUGGGUGUCUCCCUUUGAACAUAAGGUCAUUUUUUCAGAAGGGGUUUUUCCUUUGCCCUCCAGGAACAGGGCACCGUCCACAUAGUAGCACAGCGCUUUGCUGAUAAUUAGCACCAGCCCUGCAUCGGUGCCACCCAGCAACUUGGUUUUCUCUUGUGCCUGGGCUUUGGGGAUGUAGCAUUUCCUUCCCCUUUCCUAUUCACCUUAGGUCCCGUGUACACGUUAAUGACCGUGUUCCCCCAGUAACUAGACUCUGUUUAGUGUAGUAAAUGACUUUACUGAAGUCGGAGACAGUCUGAGCAGCCAGGCCGCUCAUGUGACUGCAGGCUCCUAAGUAGACUCAGCAGUGUGGAGCACCCUGCCCAUCUGCAGGUACUGCUGAGCGGCCUCUCGGGCUCAGCGCACUUACCCAGAGUCCUGGGCUGACUUCCCAGCACAGUGCAGCCUCUCCCGCACCUGAAGCAAUCCUGCUCUUUGACGAAUCUGCCCUCCUCAGAAUCUAAAGCUUGUUUUUGCCUUUAGAUCCACACAGAAACAACUCUCCUUGGAUCUGUUUCCUGUCUCGUCAUCUUUGUAACUGAAACUUCUCCUAAGGUUUCUCUUGGCUGUCAGCUCUUCCGAGGUCUUUCAGUUUUACUCUCUUAUCUCGGAGCCCCUUACGUUCUCAUAGUGGGCAGCACGGGGCUUCUCGUUGCUCCGCAUGACUGUCCAGUGUCUCCUCUGCAAGGUGGAGCAGAGCGUGGUCCCCCAGGUGCGGAGGCCCUCACUGGGGUGGGGGCAGAGGACAGUGGCAGCGAGAGGAAACAGUAACUUGACGUUCCUUUCUAAAAGCCAGAUUAGUGUUUCAUUUGUGGUAACAUUUACUUUUGUAUUUUGUUGAGAUUUUGAAGGCCUCUAGACAAAGAACUAAAGUGGCAGCAGGUUCCAUGCCUCUCUACACUGAAAUGUCCGUAUCUGUAGACACUGCCCACAGUCUGAAGAUCUAUCAAGAGACCACAGCCCUGGCAUCCAAAGUCUUCGUUAGAGAGUAUGUCCUUGCUUAUGCAGGCUCAGGGCAGGUCCACCCUCUUUUCCCAGUGGAGCACUUGUGUGGCUUUCUGGCCCUUCCUGAGCUGGGCUGCAGGUGCUUGUGUUGAACUUGUGCACCACUGAUUGGAUGGUUAAUAGCUUGUCCCCUGUGUAUCUGGGGGCAUUCAGAGUUCUAGACGCCUGGAAGGUUUUUCCGUUUGGCUGGCGCUCUGUGUGCACCUGGAUCCACGCCUGAGAGUGCCAGGCGAUCCUCAGGACAGUUUUCAUAUGGCUCUUGUUUUGAGGAUAUUACAGAAACAUUAAUUU